GUGCGCUCUCUUUGUGCGCUUAUAACGUUGAAGAAAACAUUGUCCGCAAUGAGUUUUUUCUUUAGUUCAUCAUUUGCCUCACUUCGAAGAUAACAUAUUGAUCGGUGUUUACAGUCUAAUGGUUUUCAGUCUGAAUCAACGGCGACAACUUGAAACAACUCGAGAUAAGAGACGACGAAACAUACCAUACACAACGCGAUACACAUAACAUUGGUGCAACUUUGUGCAUUUCAUCGAAGAAUAUUUCUUGAUUUUUUUUUUUUUUGACAAAAUCAGAUUCUUAUUAAUUCGGGUGAUUGAAAGUGUGAUUAAAAAAAAAGCUUGUUUUGGAUCGGCGUGAAAAUUUUGUUUUAAACAUGAAAUUGACGAUCGUUGUCGUUUUUGCUUGUUUCCUCAUUCUACCUAUCAAUUGUAGUCGCAUCAAUUCCAGAGUUUACGAAGAAAUUCUUAUGGAAAAUCAAAAUCAUAUCAUUGACGUUGGUAGCGACAGUGAACUGCCACAAAAUCACCAACACGACGAGCAACAGCAACAACAACGACAACCAUCACGGUCACAGCAUAAGAAUCCAGAAAUCGGAAAUAUGUUAGCAUAUGUUAAAACAUCGAUACCGAUUCGCAUAUUUCAGUGUAUGCAACGAUUGAAUAUUUUAAAAUGCAUGAAAAUAUUCAUUCUACAGCGCAUGGAACGAUCGCCAAUCUAUCCAAAUACCGGCAAUGUAACGGCCGAUUUUCUCGAUCAAAUUCUAUCAAACAGUCAGAAUAAUAGUGAAGACGGUGCAAUCAAUGAGGAAAUAUUGGAUAAAUUCUAUUUGCAAAUGAGCGAAGUUGAAAUCAAUGAACGGCUUUUAAAGAGUUUUCAGCGUUUCUUUCAUGAUCGUGAAAUAAAAUUACAUUUCAUUCCAGGCAUGGUGGUUAAAGUCGUGCCAAACGAAGAGAAUGCCAUUAAUUUGUCAUUGAAACGAGCAUCAACUUGGUUGGAACCAACGGCAAGCGGACGUGCCAAAACUCGGCCGGGUGAUUAUUUAUUGCAAUUGGGCAUUCCGGCCGUUUUGAUGCCAGCUAUUUUGAUGGGCUCAGUCUUACCGUUUAUUCUACCAGCGUUGAAGUUUGCAACCAUCUUUUCGGGUAUGAUCAAUCAUGCGGCACUAGUUAGCGCAUUCGCAUUUGCAGCCAAACACGCUUCAUUCGGUCAUCCCGAUGCAAUUAAACAUCUUUAUUAUAAUCCGGGAUAUCAUCGACGAUCAUCCGAUUAACGAAAUAAAAAAGAACACCAAAAUAGAAUUUACUCAUACAAACGAAUUUUUGUUUUUGUUUAUUCGUUAUAUGCAAAGAAUUUAAGCAUUUCGAUUUAAUUAUUUAAUUAAGAAAUACAUUCAAGAUUGAUAUUUGAUUGAUUUAAAAUAAUAGAAAAUGGAGAAGAAGAGGCCAACACAAUUUACUUUUAUGGAGUUUUUUUUUAUCACACACA